UACAACGGCAAGUACUUCACUACAGUUGAAUGUUGCAGUCCCGCGUUAACUACUCGUCUACGGUGUAGUACUAGACCCAUGCCCCUUGUAAUCUUGGUUAUGGUGACUGACUAAUCUGUAACAUUGCCCCAGGUCUAGGUUGCAUCGAAAUUUGAUAAUUUGGAUGCGAGUUGGUGAACCCAACGAAUGCGAACGUCAAAUAUGGGUUGUGGUGACAGACUACCCUUUUGGUAGCGUAAUGUUUACGUUCGCGCCAUAAUUAAUAGAACUUUUCCAUAUUUAAUGCACUUUUCAUCAAAAAAACUAAAACCGCACGGCAAAUUCGGAAAACAUAUGUUAAACAGUGGGCAAGUCUUCGAGGAGUAAUUUUCCUGCAUAUCACGGGUAUAAACGUAUAUAAACUGCGAGAAAGCAAAGGGUGACCGCUAUUACUUCUCAUGUGGAAUUUCCCUUUCUAGUUAGUUAACUUUCGAGUCACAAUCUAAUUUUAUAAUCUGAAUCAUUUGCUUUGGUUUCUUUUCGCUCUAAUUUCACAUAUAUUUUUAAGAUGUUCAUUGUUUUUCACUGCGGUAGCGUGCCUGAUCUGUGUAAGAUAUUGUAUCAUUAAGAAGUAAACUAUUUAUGUUUGUAAUAUUAUGUUACUGACGGAUUUUGCAUGUAACUAGCAAAACUACAAACCAUAUUCAAAAACACACCUUCCCAUAGCGAUGAAACUCUUCAGGCACCGUUUAGCAAAUAACAAAGAGAUACCACCAAUACUUUAUAGACAGAUCUCUUAACGGCAAGUGAGGUAUUUUAUAUAAUGGCACUGUCCAUCCAAUGAGUUGGACUGGCAACUGUAAACAGGGCGCGAGGAUUCUGUUUGGGGAAUGUGCUUAUUUAGCACUUAAUUGACUCAUUGUCACGGUUCAUUAACUGCAACAUGAGCAAUGUAACAGCACACAUUAACAAUUUUCCAGAUGAAUUACUUCUACAUAUAUUCAAUUAUUUACCUACACCAGACUUGCUUGUGUGUGUGACAAAAGUGUGUACUCGAUGGAACGCCUUCGCAUACGAUCGCAAGCUUUGGAAUCGGAGAAUGGUGGAUCUACCAGAAGAUACCUCUGUGCAGGCUUUGGUUGAAUGUUUCCCUAAAUGCACAUCUGUCAGUAUGGAACUCAACAGUGCCUCUUGGCCUGGACAGGCUAUGUUUGACGGGAAACACCUACACGCAUUCAUGCGGACAAGAGACUGUUUCCUUAGUUUCCUAACAACAAUAAUAAAAAAUGGUGAUGACAUUACAGAUAUAUCUGUAUGUGGCAUUAACGAGGAUGUGGAGGAAGUGCUGACAGUCAUUGCCCACUUACCGAAUCUACAGACUUUACUUAUAAAUGGAUCAUUUUUUGCUGAUAAUUCAGGAAUUAGGCACAUCGGGGACAACUGUCCACACUUGAGGAAAGUGGACACAGGCGAAAUCACGUUUGCAGAAGAGGAAGUGGAAUAUUUUAUAAAAAAGAAGAAACAUCAGCUGACACAUAUAGGUUUGGCUCUACAAACAGCUGAAGGUUCCUCAUUGUUGCCUUUUCUGGGCCUCUGUGGUGAUACAUUAAUCAGCCUCGAUAUUUAUGGCAUUGCAGGCUUUUAUAUUACUGUUGUGGAUGAUGUGACUGUUUUCAGUGCCCUUAAAAAAUUGGAACAUCUCAGAUUUCACAAUUACAUCAAAUUUGGGAGUGAUGUCCUUGUAAAUGCAUUUACCUCCAGUUGGUUCUUAAACCUGAGGACUCUUGUGAUAGAUACUGCAACUUAUGUGGAUGAUGAAGUAAUGGCAGCCAUCAGUCUUAAUUGCCCACUGCUGAAUGAGCUGCAGAUCAACUAUUCUCAAAUUACAGGAGAGGGACUGAAGUACCUGCACUGUCUCCGGAACCUGCAGAAGCUGGACCUGUCGCUCUCACAACUUUUAAAGUCUCUGGGAACACUCUCACAGUGUGUCCAGCUGCGGAAGCUGAGCCUGGAGAGCUGCGCACGUGUCCAUUCGAGAGAAAUAGCCGACGCGGUGCCGCACAUCCGCGAGCUGCGAGUACUCGACCUCAGCCAGUGCGGGGCGUCACUGCUUCGUCUGCGGGAGCUGCCACAGCACCUGCCCUUCCUCCGUACACUUGUCCUUUAUGGUGCUGACAUAAAUGUAGAACAGCUGCAAGCUAUGAGGCACUGCGCACCACACAUUAAUGUUGUGAUAUAAAAAUCCGAAUUGGGCAGUCCAAUUGUAUACUGAGUGAAAAAUGGGGACCUGUUGUGUAAAAAUUUAAUCCUUGUGAUGCAGAUUAUGUUUCUUACAAGGUAUAAGAUACUAGUCACAGAAAGCGUGUAAAAGCUGUUAUGUAAUACUCAUAUUCAGUAUUAAUGUGCUUAAAGUAUCUACAAAUCGUGUCCACCUUAGAAAGGGCAUAUUCGAGCUAAAGCAAAUUGUAAGGUUUUACCACAGGAGCAUAGAAAACCACCAACUUCUACCGCAUGUUAGCCUUUUUAAAUAAUUUCUCUAGAUUUUUUUGAUUGCCAGAAGCCACAAUAUAUUAAUCAUACAAUAACAGUUGUUAAACAAUUGAGAGUUGAUAAUGUAUUGUACCUGAUGCUUUAUUUUCAUAGCGAUUGUAAUUUAAAAGUAACUGUCAUGUAAUUUUUUA